GAUGUGAAGAGAUGAUAGAUUGGGUGCUUCGAUAGUUCCAUUAAGAUUUGUGGUGAUGAACAGGAGGUCUGCACUCCACUGCAUCGCGGCAUGAAGAUAGAGAUUAUAUAUUAAGGACAGAUAAUGGUUUUGUCAUGCGGUGGAUGCUCAAUUUUAAUAAAAAGAUUAGACAAGAUAAGCGAUUUUGAUGGGUGUUAGAUAAAAGACUAGGUAUUUAUAAAUAAUAAUAACAUCAAUACUUUGAAAAGUGGGGAUCUCCCAAGAUAAUAUGAGUUAAGUGUGGGACAAUGUUUCCUAGAGAAAGUCAUUGAGUGACAUUAAUUGUCUAUGUUGAGUAAUAAGUAUUAACACGCUAGGUCCAAAUGAAGAAGACAUUGCAUCAGGUCAGCUUGCAAUAGUAGUCAGUCUAUUUUACAGAAAAUUUUAAUAUCAUCAGCAAAUAAUAGAACUUUGCUUAAUAAUAGAUAAUAUGCUUUUAUUAUUGUACUACAGUUAUUCAAUAAUGGAAUUCUCUGUAGUUGAAUUUGAUGAUGGAAUUCAUCUUGUUUCAUCAUGUUGGGUGGAUACUACUAAACUGAAUUGUUACUGGCCACAUGUUAAGAAAGAAAGUGUAUUGCAGAAAAUGAUGGUUUCACACAUUGUUCCUAAACAAAAUGAUCCAUCGUGGUCUUUAUAUCCUAUUAAAAGAGUUAUGAGUAGAUCUGCAACAUAUGAAGAGGGAAUGUACAAAUUAAAACUAGCUGAGAAAUACUCCGAUAUUGACAGCUCUAAUGAAACAACUACAAAAAUUAAAAGACACAAAAGACAAUCACAUGCUAAAAAACAAUUAUUUUAUGAAUCUAAUGAUGAUGAACAUGACAAUGAAAUGAUCAGAAGAAAUAACCAAGUAACAGAACGUCCUAGUAGCAAUGAAGCAGCUGCAGAUAACGAAGCUACAAUAUCCAAAUACCCAUCAUUCCCUACAGUUGACGAUGAAAUCAUGCAGAGUUUACUAGAAUAUAACACGGAUUCUCCGAUGCCAGUAGAGUUAUUUGAUGAUACUAAUAUUAAUCUGGCACCUACAACAGCUCAUCAGCUUAAAAGAAAUUAUGAUGACACCUACAAGAAUUAUGCAACACCUGUCAAUUCUACCAAUACAAUUAAUACCAAAGAUGCAGUAGGAAAUAAAGAAUUAAAUUCAAAGGAAGUAUAUAAAGUUAUAUCAAAAUUGAGCACUAAAAUUGAAUUAAUGCGGGACGAAAUUUUUGAAUUAAAGCAAUUAAUUAUUGGACUGACUAAUAAGAAUAAUUUAUCAAGAAUCUCUGGAAAUGAAGAAGUUAAUCCUGUUUUUGUUGGACCAUUUGAAGAAGACCUACCCAUAAACACUGAGGAACGUUUAAAAGAAAUUGAGAACAAAUUAUUAACAGAUAAUUCAUACUUCAUGUUGAUGCUUGAAGAUUUGAAAAAAUUAGGUGGUCUUAAUAUACAAAAUAUAAUCAUAAAUGCUUUGGCUUACACUAUGUCAAAUACGCUUGCUUCACAAUAUAGUUGGCAGGGGAAAAGAUCCAAACACGCAUUUGAAAAAGAUCUUCCAAACUUUUUUAAAGUGAUUUUGGCUCUUUCGCGAUACAAAAAUCCCAGUAUCACAAACAAAGAAGUGGCACAAGUUGUUAUUAAAUGGCUAGUUCAAGCACCAUUAAGAGCAUCUAGAGAACAAGAGUAAAUAUU